AUGAUUAGGAAUAGAAAACCAAUAACUAAUAAUAAUAGUAAUAAUAGUAAUAAUAAUAAUAAUAAUGGAAAAAUUAAAAGAAGAGAAAGAAUUUUAAAUAGACAAAAAGAACAAAUUGAACAAUUUUAUACAGAUUUUAUAAUAUUUGUAGUAAUGUUUAUACAUGUUGUAGUAUGUCCAUUUACAAAAGUUGAGGAAAGUUUUAAUUUACAAGGAAUGCAUGAUAUAAUUAAUAUUGGGAAUAAGGGGAGUGAUGAACGGGGUGUAUCGUUUGAAUAUGAUCAUUUAGAAUUCCCAGGAGUUAUACCAAGGACUUUCAUUGGAUCAUUGUUUAUAUCAUCUCUAUCUUAUCUACCAUUGAAUAUAUUCUUUGGAUCGUCAGCAACUGAGUUUAUAUCAAAGUUAUUUGAUAAUCAGUUCAGUGGUACUACAAAAAUGGUGCAAUUAUAUUUCGUUAGAUUAAUGUUGGGUACGAUAUCAUGUAUUUCGAUAAUGAUCUUCAAAAGAUCAAUUUCAAAGAGAUUUGGAAACCAAGUUGCAUUUUGGUUCACUCUUAUAACAGUAUCACAAUUUCAUCUAAUGUUUUAUAUCUCAAGACCGUUACCAAACAUAUUCGCCUUAAUACUUGUGAUAAUAGGUUACUCAUUUUGGUUGAAUGAUGAUGGCAAUGGGAAUGGCAAUGGGUCAAUUGAUUGGAUGAUAAUGGUUUUAACUAUUGCAAUAUUUAUAUUUAGAAGUGAGAUAUUAAUUUUAGCAGGUCCAAUAGUAUUAAGUUGUUUAUUUUUACAAAAGAAUUUAAAAUUUCAUAGAUUCUUAAUCAUUGGAAUAUUUACAGCAUUGAUUUCAAUAAUUUUCACUGUUUUCAUUGACAGUUAUUUUUGGCGUAGAAUUUUGUAUCCAGAAUUAGAGGUAUUCCAAUUCAACACUAUUGAAAACAAGUCUUCAGAAUGGGGUACUUUACCAUUUCAUUGGUAUUUCUCAACUGCUUUACCAAAAACUUUGGCUUUUACUUUACUAUUUUUCUUUAUUGGCUUAAUUUCAAAAUAUAACAAUAACAACAACAACAACAACAACAACAACAACAACAACAACAACAACAACAACAACAACAACAACAACAACAACAACAACAACAACAACAACAACAAUAAUAAUAAUAAUAAUAAUAAUAAUAAUAAUAAUAAUAAUAAUAAUAAUAAUAAUAAUAAUAAUAAUAAUAAUAAUAAUAAUAAUAAUAAUAAUAAUAAUAAUAAUAAUAAUAAUAAUAAUAAAUCAACUCCAAUUACAUUUUUAUUACCAAUUUUAUUAUUCAUUGGAAUUUAUUCAAUUUUACCGCAUAAAGAAAUUAGAUUUAUUUUUUAUAGUAUUCCAAUAAUAAAUUUAAUAUCAGCAAUUGGUGCAACAAAGUUAUGGAAUUAUGGAAAAUCAAGAAAGAAUCAAUUAUUUAAAUUGUUAAUUUCUUUAUUUACAAUUGGAAUUUUAAUUGGAAAUUCAAUGAUAUCUUUAUUUUCUUUAUACGCUUCAAGUUUAAAUUACCCUGGUGGUCAUUCAAUGAUUUCUUUACAUAAACAUUUAAAUUUAACUGAUGAAAUGGGUUUAUUAUUAUUAUUACCACCACAUACUAAUGCUGAUGUUGAUGGUGAUGAUGAAAAUCAAGGUAUUAUUGAUUGUAAAGUUCAUAUUGAUAAUAUGGCUGCAAUAAGUGGUGUUUCAAGAUUUGGUGAGUUAAAUGAUUUUUGUGUAUAUUCUAAAAAGGAGAGAGAUGUAAAUUUCAACGAUUUCAAUUAUUUAAUUGCUCCAAACACUUCAACAACUCAAUUAGGUUUCAAAGAAGUUGAUUCUAUAUCAGCUUUUGACCAUAUUAAAUUAAAGAAAACUUUUCCAUUUUUUGAAAUUGUUGAAUCACCAACAUUAUAUAUUAUGGAAAAAAUUAAUAAAUAA